AAAAUGGGAUGUAAGGCUGUUAAUGGAUUAGAAUUCAAAUUCACAGCCGAAAUCUCAGAGACAGAAACUACAUUUGUGAACACGAAAGUGUAACUAAGGUGACAGAUUCCAAAGAGAGUUUAUACUUGACUCGUCCCCAGGACGCAUUUUUGAAUCAGCGUGACGUCACACUGGUGAUACCACAACCUCGUGCCCACGGUCCUCUCUCAACCUCGAGAAAGUACUUUCUCGAGGUAGAGAGAGGACCCUGGGAACGAGGUUGCCAUAACUUCAGUGGAACGAAUCGUGACGGUUGCGCUCAGUGGAAUUUCAAGAAACACUUACAGCCACUUGCAGUUUGACAAAGUUAACAAUCAUACAAGUUGCGUACAUGAAAAGUGAACGGCACAAGCGCAUCAGGCUGACUAAGAUGAUAGGCUUCCCAAUAGGUGGAGAAGUUAAAUUCCAGGAGUGUCUGAAGUGAAAGCGAAAGUGCAACGUAAGCAAUUCCAAGAUGCAUCAGGCGAACACUCGUAAAUCAUCGAUCGCGAAUUAAUGCGACCUGAGUACGUCAAGGACGCGUCGUCAAGGAUUCUACGAAGCUGGGAAAGGAUCAGUUGCAAUGUCAGACCUUGAAGAAAGGAACAUACUGUGCAUUUUCAAGCUGGUGUAUGGAGUCGGUCUUCAAGCUCUUAGGGAGCUGUUUAAACAAAUCCAUCCCUCCUGGUCGAAUACGCCGGGUGAUGCAGCUGCCCUCGAUAAAGGAAACAUGUAUAUCGGUAGAGAGGAAGAAGCAUGUUUCAGGAGAGGAAACAUAGAAGAAUGGGACUUUUCAUUGAUGACAUCUGUUCUUCUGUUUUCUACAAAAUGUGCUCUGGAGAUCAGCAGGAGACCCGGCUAUGACAUUGCCCUCCACGAAUUAAAGAAGUGCCGUAACAAGUUGCUGGGACAUCCUUCCACAGACAGGAUGUCUGAUGCCGAUUUCAACCAUUACUGGCCUCUGCUGUCCAAGAACUUCAUUACACUUGGGGCUGAUUCUUAUGUUAUUGCAGCGCUCAAGCUCAAAUCAGAGGAAGAGCUCGUUGCUGCAGAACACUACAAACAGCUCUUUAUGGCAGAACGAGAUAGACACUAUCGAUGUGAAAAGAAGCUAGAAUCGAUAGAGAGAAAAUUGGAUUCGUUCAUUGCCAGUCAAUCAACUGAUGGGGCCUCCAAAACGCCUGCUGGCGCAGAAGAUCUCAGUGGUCCCAAGUGGGACGAAUGGUUGAAGUUUCGUCAUGCGGUUGGUGAUUUCGACACCCAGAAGAAUCAGUAUAUUCUUGUCACGGAUGCCAUGCGGAAUGAGGAGCUAGAGUGCUAUUCCAGUUUAAGAGGCGUCCCUUGGAAGAUGAUCUUAGAUUUCGAUCCCAAGUCUGAAGAGAACGGAUUUUAUCGAGAGUUCAUUUCAAAAGAAGGUAAAAUGAGUAAUCUAGCAAGCAUGUUUACACCAGCAGAAUUAAAACAGUGUACGAUGAAAAGUUUGUUACGACAGAUCGAUCCCCAAAAAAUCCAGUGGUUGUUUGUUAAUGGACGAGCUGGUGAUAACGGCGGUGGUCGUAAGGAGUUUUCAGAAUGGGAAGCCUCCUCAGUGAAAGACAUCAACAGUUUGUUUCGAUGUUGCUCGGACCCAGACACAUUUGACGAGUUGAAGCCCGUAGUAUGUCUAAUUCUUCCCUUCACUGACCACAGCAGACCCUAUUUGCAAGUUACAUUGAGUCGUCUAAUCGAAAACUUUGACAAACAUGACGUGACAUUUGUGUCUGUCAAUAACAAGAAUUGGACCAGCAGACCGGACAAAUUCAAUGUUCACGAUUUUGAGUUGUGCCCAAAGAUUCUUAACCUGGGAUUAAAAGACGUGCUUGGUACGUCGACGGAUCGGAAGCUUCGUAUGCCAACUUCCCAUGCUGGAGUCCCAGUUUACCUCAGUCCAAGACAGUACCUUUACAUCAAGGAAUACUUAGAAGUUCUGUACAUAGGAUGUGAAGAUCUACCAGAAGACAAGAUUAACUCUUCUGAGACUCAGGAGCACCAGGAGACAUACUUAGAGGAGCAGAGAAAGUCAUUCUUGUCCGGAAAUGAAAUUUCGUUUGCCAGUCUCUUUGAUAAUCAUGAUGCUAGAAGAGAAAUCGAGAGAGACAUCCAGAUUCACGUUCAACGGCUCCUUAACCAAGGCUCAGCUCGGCCGACCAUUGUAGAAAUUAGACAUUCUCCAGGCGCUGGUGGCACAACAAUUGCCCGCCGUGUACUGUGGGAUCUGCACAAGGAAUACCCAUGCGGGUUAAUCGACAUCAGCUCUCAACACUACUCGGAUGAAGACAACGUCUUUGCAAAUGCACUUGCAGAGCGAAUAUCCUCGAUUGAAGAAAUCUGCAACACAAUUCCAUUAGUUCUGAUCGAUGGAAAACAGUCUGGUGCUAUAGAGGGCCUCUCAAACAAACUUGCACGAAUUCUUCAAAGCUGGGGAAAACGAGCCCUUUUAUUGCGUUGUCUCCGAGGAUCAAAAGCCUCUUCAAAAGGAGUGCAGGAAAAGGAGUCGUCCCACGUGCACAAAGUGUUUCAUGUCAAUGUUAAAUUGGAAGAAUCGGUCACAGAUCUGAACGAGUUCAAGUCGAAGUACAAAGAGUACCUGGUCACCAUUGACGGGCCGCUAGUCAAGAGACAAGUCCUAUCUGGCCUAUGUCGUGUAUUCCAUUUCCCCCUUCUUUCGAUGAUGGAAGAGUUUCGUCCUAAACUUGAGAAGAUAAUCGAAGACACCUUCAACGAAAUGGGCGGAAUUCAACAAGAAAUCGCUGCCGUUGUGGCCUUCUUACAAAAGUAUGCAAAUCUUCCGACCCCAGCAAUUCUUCUGCAUGAAGCUUUCAAGCAGUUCACGCGGGUCCUGCCAGAUGACAAAAAGAGUGCUACCUACGAUGAUAUUACGCAGCUUUUCUCUGAAUACCUCAUGAAUUUAAUGAUACCUGCAAAGCCAACACCUUCUGGAAACCAAAAGCCACCAGAAAGUUACACGUUUCAGCAUCCAUUAGUCGCAGACUUGGUGCUUAAGAGGGUGUAUCGAGAGCAGAAGCGUGACCUUUUUGGAAUAGUGGACCGAUUUCUUCAGUUUCCCAUCUAUCAACACGAAACGCUUCUACCUGUCUUUAACGAACUGUUCAUCUACAACAAGAUCAAGACAGGACACAUCGAGAAGUUCAAAUUCUCCAUUCUGUUUGAAGAGCUGAAGAAUACUGACUCAAAUCGUGCGGCCGAAAUCUUUUGUAAAGUGGCUGAGAAGACAAAUGACUCGGUGACGUUCGCCAAUGCAGCACGAUUUUGCGCCAAGAAGGAACCUCCUUCGUUUCCAAAAGCAAAGGAACUUAUUCAACGUGCCUUGCAAGUUCAUGGAUCUUCGCCUUCAAAAGGUGGAUACAAAAAUUUGUGUCACACUAAAGGUGUCGUCCUCUACUUUGAACUGAAGGACAUGAUCCAUAGAGGGGAAGUUGAGGAUCUGACCAGACUGGAAGCAAUGGCCUGUAAAGUUCUUCAGGCACAUCGUGAAGCACGAACCUUCCCUCCAACCUACCCGCAUCCUUUAAUUGGCGAAGUUGACGUUUGGUUGCUGUGCAUUAAAUGGAUCAUGAACAACCUUUGCAAUCACGAUGCAGAAGAGACUUUGACUUUUGUGACUAAUCGGUCUCCUCCCUUCUUUCGGACUUGCAUAAGUGAUUCUUUUCAUCUCUUGGAUGUUGUUGAUAACAUGGUCCAAAGUGUGUCUUAUCUGGCAGAUCCCGCGGAAACGAAACGGCUGUCUAACAAGUUGAGGUUGUCUUUGAUGAAGACGUUUCGCAGACGAUAUGUGCCUUUAGGCAGGCUUAAAGCUGACGAAGACAUUGUCCAGGCCUGCAGAGCAAUUUGUACAACUAAGCAUUUCCGAGAGUCAUCGCAGUUGGAGCUUAAACGACUUCAAGCCCACUUCAUGUUGACGAACAGCGAGCAGCCAAUCGAUAGUUUGAAGAAAGGAGAUCUUGAGUUCCUGCUCAAACUUCUGGAAGAUCUUGUUCUGAAAGAGGACGAGUAUCGCUUGGCUCAUCACUUGAUGAAAGUCUGCAUGCUGGUGACCGGAGCAAGAUCUUACAGCCUUGACCAAGGUCUUCACGUCUGCGAGAAAUGGUCAGUGGUCUCAACUCAUGAUUGCCUUCCAGAUUUUUACCAGAUGGUUAUCUGUUUCCUACAGAUUCUUGAUGGCAACACACUGGAGUUUAUGCCGAUGUACAUCAAAGCCUUGGAAAAGUGCAAAGAAAAAUCUCAGAAUCAUUUGCGAAGAUUUUAUGCCACAAUCUAUGUAGGCAAGGAAGGAAAAGGUAUGUCUCGCCUCAUUAGUCGCAACAAGUUACUUGGGCAAACUGACUACUCUCCCGAUAAAUUUUGGCAAGUUGAUAGCAGACGGAAAUUGCUAGAGUGCAAAGGAAGAAUUCGAGUGAAGCAAUCAAGUAACCUAGGAAAGUCAACACUCUACAUUGAGCUGGUGCAGGGAAAUCUUGAGCUUUAUGUUGGCAAGAACGCAGACAUUGGCAAAGUGGAGAGGGACUUUACACCAGGGGCAUUGGUGUAUUUUGUUGUAAGUUUCAAUCUUCAGGGACCUGUCGCGAAUGGCAUAACGUUUUCGCAGCAGAAUCCAUCAAAUGAGUAAAAGAGGUACUCGUGAUCACUUGCAGUUCAAGCAAGAGAAAAGCAGACUUAUUCAAGUCAAAGCAUUGUUUAAAAUUGGCUGACCCCACCGCGUCACAAGUCCCAGUCAGUGAAUACUAAACUGUACGUUUAGACGAUGUUCGCCAGAACAAUGCCAGCAGUACAUGUGCACAUGUGUAAGAAUGGAUUUUGACAUGACUGUGAUGUGGACUAACAUUUGUCAUCACCUUCGAUAUGCCCAGUGACGUUUCAAAUGUAAUGUAUAUAUCUGACUAUAUUUCGCGUAUUUCCUGCUUUUUAUUAGGAAGAUCGUUAGAUAAAGUUGUGACUGAAUUUUACAUGGUAUAUCACCGCCAGAUUGUUGUGACAUAGCUUUAGCUACAGAAGUGAUACUUUAAUCGCCUCAUUUAUUUCUUUUUACUUGUAUUAGAGAAAAUUAGACUUAUUCAAGUCAAAGCAUUGUUUCAAAUUGCUGACUAAUGGCCCCACCGCGUCACAAGUCUUAGUCAGUGGAUGCUAAACUGUACGUGGCAGGAUGGACAACUGUCAGUUGACGAACAUAUUUUAUCACUUUGAUAUGUCCAGAGACAUUUUCAACUUAUUAAGUAAUGUAUAUAUUUUAUCAUAUUUGGCAUAUUUCCUGUUGUAAUAUACGAAGAUCGUUAGACAACGUUGUGACAGAGAAUUUUACAUUUAAUACUUUCAAUUCAUCGCCAGAUUGUUUUGCAAUAGCUAUAGUUAUCGAAGUGAUGCUAUAAUCGCCAUGCUUUUUACAGCAAAGUACAAUGUAAAGUUUACGCAAAUUGUGGAGACCAAAUAAGGUUAAGAAAGCUACUUUAGACCCCUUUGAUCUUUUUUCACUUGUAUUAGAGAAAAGCAGACUUGUUCAAGUCAAAACAUUGUUUCAAAUUGGCUGAAUAAUGGCCCCACCGCGUCACAAGUCUUAGUCAGUGUAUAUUAAACUGUACGUGGCAGGAUGGACAACUGUCAAUUGACGAACAUAUUUUAUCAUUUUGAUAUGUCUAGAGACAUUUUCAGCUCAUUAAAUAUAAUGUAUAAUUUUAUUACAUUUCGCAUAUUUCUUGUCAAAUACGAAGAUCGUUAGACAAAGUUGUGACAGAGAAUCUACAUUGCUUUCAUCGUGUAAUUGUUUGCAAAGACUGCAUUAAGUUGACUAAGCUAGUUUGGACCAUUUCGGUCUUUUCUUUUUACGUGUAUGCAAAAUGAAUAUAGUAGGAAUUGGUAACAAUAUCGACGAACUCUCGCAGCGUUUGAUUUAGAGAGGAUCAGUUUAUUGGAUCAUUUUUACUGUUUUUAUUACAUUUCAUAGAACUUUUUGCUGUCCAACCCGGGUCUACUCGUCAAUUCGUCAAAGGUAUUCUUCAUAAUUUGGUAACAAAGCUGAAAGCAAACGAGAAAAAAACAGCAACAAACAAACCAGAUGUGAAAGAAAAACAGCGAGUAGAACAAACCUUUUGUAGUUUUUCAGCGAAUAUUUCUAAAUAAAAUGCACUUUUGUUACCACUAA